AUGGCAUCAGCACCCAGCGCCCUCCCCACUGCAUCCCAGACCCUGCCCCACUCACACAACACCCUGCAAUCAACCUCAUCCCCUGAAGUCCUGUCCUCCACACCAACUCCUGCUGGACCACAUCUGAGCUCCACAGGGGCCAUAAAACCUGUAAGUUCCACAGCCUCACCUUCUCCUGCUCCUUCUUCCCCUGCAUCCAUCACCCCACUGCUCACCUCCACUCUCCAUGACACCACUGAGCAGAUGGACACAGGAUCAACACCUGUGAGCACCUUGACUCCAAGUCACACUACAGGUGGACAAGAUACCUCAGUCACUUCCUGGAUCUCCACAGGAUUCCACACAAAUCUAACAUCUUUAGUCACAUCAGUGUCCAAUGUGGAAGAUUCCACUUCUGUCCCCCAAACCUUACCAUCUAAUGUAACCACCUCAGACCUUCGUGAGACCACAACUGAGUUGAGAAUGCACAUCAGCACAGGAGACUCCACAAUUGCCACAAAAACGCCAACAUCAGCUCAGACCACAGAGAAGUUCACGCAGACAGCUUCAUCCCGGACCACAGCACUAACCUACAGCAGCAAGCCUGGGCACACCAGAUCAGCUCUGGACACCACUGCUGGCACCUCUAAUGCCACCACCAGCUCCUCCCCUGAACAAUCCAGUACAGACUUCACCUCUGCUCCAACGCAACCUCCCAACCUCGCUCCAUCUACAGUCUCAGCUCACAGAACCACUGGAGUAGAGAUCACCAGCAUGUCUUCCUCCCCUUACAAGACAGCUUCUGCUGAAAUCACCACCACUGUCUACACACGGAAUCCUGCAGUUGCAUCGCAGAGCACAGAAGCUUGGGACACAUCAGCCAUGGCUCCAGCCCCCAGCACCCUCCCCACUGCAUCCCAGACCCUGCCCCACUCACACAGCACCCUGCAAUCAAGCUCAUCCCCUGAAGUCCUGUCCUCCACACAAACUCCAGUAGUGCCAUAUCUGAGCUCCACACCUACUGGAACCAAAGCAGCACCUUCUCCUGCUCCUUCCUCCCCUGUGACCACCACCCCACUCCUCACCUUCACUCUCCAGGAAAAUACACAGCUGAUGGACACAGUAUCAACACCUGUGAGCACCUUGAUUCCAAGCCUCUCUGAUGCCACCACCAGAUCCUCCCCUGAGCCUUCCAGUGCAGGCUUCUCCUUUAUUCCAAUGCUCAGUUCCAGCCUCCCUCCAUCCACAGCCUCACCUCAGACACCCACAGAUUCCAGUUCUGUCCCCAAAACCAUAUUUACUGUAUCUGGCUCCUCAGAACUUCCUGAGACUCCAGAGGAGAGAAUGCCCACCACCACUGCAGUCACCAGAGUUUCCACACAAAUACCAACAUUCUCUCAGACAAGAGAGAUGUUCACCAAGACAACUUCCUCAUCAACCCUAGAAGAUACCACGCAGGAAUUUGCUGAGACCACAGCUGAGAUGAGUACCCCCUCCACCACUGGAGACACCAGAGGUUCCACACCUGCACACAGUUCUGCAAAGACAACGGAGAUGGACACACAGACAGCUUCCUCCCGGACCCAGGCACUGACCUAUACCAGCACAACAGAGGAGCUCAGCUCAGCCCUGGACACCACUGCGGGCAUCUCUGAGGACACCACCAGCUCCUCCCCUAAGCUCUCCAGUGCAGGCUUCUUCUCCUCUACUCCAAGGCUUCCUCCUAGCCUCGCUCCAUCCACAGCCUCACCUCAGACAUCCACAGAUUCCAGUUCUGCCUCCCGUUCCAAGCUUACUAUGUCUGGCACCUCAGAACUUCCUGAGACCCCAGCAGAGGACAGAACGCCCUCCCCCGCUGAGAUCACCAGAGAUUCCACACAAAUACCAACAUCCUCUCAGACAAGAGAGAUGGUCACCCAGACAGCUUCCUCCUGGACCACCGCACUGACCCACACCAGCACUUCUGAGGAGCCCAGCUCAGUCAUGGACACCACUGCUGGCAUCUAUGAUGCCACUACCAGCUCCUCUCCUGAGCUCUCCACUGAAGGCUUCUCCUCUGCUCCAAGGCUCUCUCCCACUUUCGCGCCAUCCACCGUCUCUGAUCACACACCUACUGGAAGGGAAAACAGCCUGAUCAGCCUCUCUUCAUACACGACAGCACCUACAGAAAUUACCAGCACUGUCCAAAAUCAAGGUCUUGUGUCUGCAUCCCACAGCAACCAAACCCAGGACUCGUCAUCCAUGGCCCCAGCCCCCAGCACCCUCCCCACUGCAUCCCAGACUCCUCCCCAUUCACACCGCACCCUGCAAUCAAGCUCAUCCCCUGAAGUCCUGUCCUCCACACAAACUCCAGCUGGGCCACAGCUGAGCUCCAUAGGGGUCCUGACAUCUAGCAAACCCACAGCCUCACUUUCUGCUCAUUCCUCUGCUCCAUCCAUCACCCCACUCCUCACCUCCACUCUCCACGACACCACCGAGCAGAUGGACACAGGAUCAACACCUGUGAGUAAUUUGACUUCAACUCAGACUACAAGUGGACAGGAUAUCUCAGCUACCUCCUGGGUCUCCUCAGGCCUCCACACAAGUCCAACAUCUUCAGACACAGCAGUGUCCACUGUGGAACAUUCCACUUCUAUCCCCCAAACUCACUUUACUAUCUCUGCUACUUCAGAAUCUCCUGAAACCACACCUGAGAUGAGGACUUCUUCCACCACUGGGGACACCAGAGGUACCACACCUGGACAGAGUUCUGCAAAGACAACAGAGAUGGACACGCAGACAGAUUUCUCCCAGACCCAGACACUGUCCCACAGCAGCACGCCAGCACAGCCCAGCUCAGCCCUGGACACCACUGCGGGCCUUUCUGAUACCACCACAAGUUUCUCCCCUGAGCUCCCCAGUUCAGGCUUCUUCUCUUCUACUCCAUUGCUCCCUCUCAGCCUUGCACCAUCCAUAGCCUUACCUCAGACACCCACGGACUUCAGUUCUGUCCCCCAAACUAUGCUUACUAUGUCUACCUCUUCAGGAAUUCCUGAGACCCCAGCAGAGGAGAGAACACCCUCCACCUCUGAGGUCACCAGAGUUUCCACACAAAUACCAACAUCCUCUCAGACAACGGAGAUAUCCAAGACAACCUCCUCAUCCACACUAGAACUGAUCCACAGCAUCACUCCUGCACAGCCCAGCUCAGCCCUAGACACCACUGCCGGCCACUCUGAUGCCGCUACCAGCUCCUCCUCUGAGCAUUUCAGGGCAGACUUCUCUGUUCCAACACUCUCUGCCAGCCUCGCCCCAUACACAGACUCAGCUCAGAGAACCACCAGCGUGAAGAUCACCAGCGUGCCCUCCUCUCCUUACAAGACAGCUUCUGCAGAAAUCACCAACACUGUCCACACACAGAAUUCUGCAGCUGCAUCCCACAGCUCGAGUCCCUGGGACAUGUUAGCUACGGCCCCAGCCACCAGCACCCUCCCCACUGCAUCCCAGACCCUGCCCCACUCAUACACCACCCUGCAAUCAAGCUCAACACCUGAAGUCCGGUCCUCCACACCAACUCCAGAUGGGCCACAUCUGAGCUCCACAGGGGUCCUGACACCUAGCAAACCCACAGCCUCACUUUCUGCUCCUUCCUCUGCUCCAUCCAUCACCCCACUCCUCACCUCCACUCUCCAUGACACCACCGAGCAGAUGGACACAGGAUCAACACCUGUGAGUAAUUUGACUCCAAGUCAGACAAGUGGACAGGAUAUCUCAGCUACCUCCUGGGUCUCCUCAGGCCUCCACACAAGUCCAACAUCUUCAGACACAGCAGUGUCCACUGUGGAAGAUACCAGUUCUAUGCCCCAAACUCACUUUACUCUCUCUGCUACCUCCAAAUUUCCUGAGACCACAGCUGAGGAGAGAAUGCUCUCCACCACUAGGGUCAGCACAGUUUCCACACAAACACCAACAUCCUCUCAGACAAGAGAAAUGGCUACCCAGACAGCUUCCUCCUGGACCACAGCACUGACCCACAGCAGCACUCCUGAGGAGCCCAGCUCACACAUGGACACCAUUGCUGGCCUCUCUGAUACCACCACCAACUCCUCCCCCGAGCAAUCCAGUGAAGGCUCCGUCUCCUCUCCUCCAAUGCUCCCUCCCAGCCUCACUCCAUCCACAGUCUCGGCUCACAGAACCACUGAAUGGGAAAAGAGCAUGAUCUCUUCCUCCUCCUACAUGCCCACAUUUGCAGAAAUCACUACCACUAUCCCCACAGAGCUUCCUGCAUCUGCAUCUCACAGCACGCAUGCCUGGGACACCUCAGCCACGGCCUCAGCCACCAGCCCCUUCCCCAGUGCAUCCCAGACCUGGCCCCACUCACACAGCACCCUGCAAUCAGGCUCAUCCCCUGAUGUCCUAUCCUCCACAGAAACUCCUGCUGAUCCACAUCUGAGCGGCUCAGGGCCACUGACACCUGCCAGUUCCACAGCCUCACCUUCUCCUGCUCCUUCCUCCUCAGCAUCCAUCACCUCACUCCUCACCUCCACUCUCCAGGAAAUUACACAGCUGAUGGACACAAGAUCAACACCUGCGAGCACCUUGACUCCAAGUCAGACUACAAGUGGACAGCACAUCUCAGCCACCUCUCAGGUCUCCUCCGGCCUCCACACAAGUCCAACACCUUCAGACACAGCAGUGUCCACUGUGGAACAUUCCAGUUCUACCCUGCAAACUCACUUUACUAUCUCUGCUACCUCAGAAUUUGCUGAGACCACAGCUGGGAUGAGGACCCACUCCAACACUGGGGACACCACAGAUUCCACACCUGCACGGAGUUCUGCAAAGACAACAGAGAUGGACACACAGACAGCUUCCUCCCGGACCCAGACACCAACCUAUACCAGUGCACUAGAGGAGCCCAGCUCAGCCCUGGACACCACUGCUGACCUCUCUAAGGACACCACCAGAUCCUCCCCUGAGCUCUCUAGUGCAGGCUUCUUCUCCUCUACUCCAAGGCUUCCUCCCAGCCUCGCUCCAUCCACAGCCUCACCUCAGACAUCCACAGAUUCCAGUUCUGUCCUCAAAACCUACUUUACCACCUCAGCCUCCUCAGAACUUCCUGAGACGACAGCAGAGGAGAGAAUGCCCUCCACCACUGAGAUCACCAGAGUUUCCACACAAAUACCAACAUCCUUUCAGACAAGAGAGAUGUUCACCGAGACAACUUCCUCAUCGACCCUAGAACUGACCCGCAGCAGCACUCCCACACAGCCCAGCUCAGCCCUGGCCACCAGUGCUGGCCUCACUGGUGCCACCACCAGCUCCUUCCUUGAGUUCUCCAGUGCAAGCUUUGUCUCCUCUGCUCCAGCUCUCCCUCCCAGCCACACUCCAUCCACAAUCUCGGCUCACCUACCCACUGGAAUGGAGAUCACCACUGUGCCUUCCUCUUCCUACAAGAAAACUUCUGCAGAAAUCACCACCAUUCACCAAAAGCAAACUCUUGCUUCUGCAGCCCACGGCACCCAAGCCCAGGACACACCAGCCACAGCCCCAACCACCAGCAUCCUCCCCACUGCAUCCCAGACCCGGCCGCACUCACACACCACCCUGCAAUCAACCUCAUCCCCUCAAGUCCUACCCUCCACACAAUCUAGACCUGUGCCAUAUCUGAGCUCCACAGGGGCCUUCAUACCUACUGGCACCACAGCCUCCCAUUCUCCUUCUCCUUCUUCCCCUGCACCCAUCACUCCACUCCUCACCUCCACUCUCCAAGAGAAAACACAGCUGAUGGACACAGGAUCAACACCUGUGAGCACCUUGACACCAAGUCAGACUGCAAGAGGACAAGACACCCCAGCCACCUCAGGGAUCCACACAAGUCCAGCAGCUUCAGACACAGCAGUCACCACUGUGGAAGACUCCACUUCUGUACCCCAAACCCACUUUACUCUCUUGGUCUCUUCAGAAGUUCCUUUGACCACAGCCAAGGAGAGACCGCCCUCCAGCCCUGGGGUCAUCACAGCUUCCACACAAAUACCAAGCUUCUCUCAGACAAGAGAGAUGGCCACCCAGACAGAGUCCUCCUGGACCACAGCACUGACUCAUACCAGCACUCCUGAGGAGCCCAGCUCAAGCAUGGACAUCACUGCUGGCCUCUCUGAUGCCACCACCAGCUCCUUCCCUGAGCUCUCCAGUACAGGCUUCUUCUCUGCUCCAAAGCUCCCUCCCAGCCUCACUCCAUCCACAGUCAUGACUCACAGAACCACUGAAAUGGAAAAGAGCGUGGUCUCUUCCUCCUCCUACAUGCCAGCAUUUCCAGAAAUCACCACCACUAUGCCCAUACAGCUUCUUGCAUCUGCAUCUAACAGCACACGAGCUUGGGACUCAUCAACCACAGCCUCAGCCACCAAAAACCUCCCCACAGCAGCCCAGACCCUGCCACACUCACACAGCACCCUGCAAUCAAGCUCAUUCCCUGAUGUCUUGACCUCCACACCAACUCCAGCUGGGCCACAUCUGAGCUCCACAGGGGUCCUGACACCUGGAAGCUCCACAGCCUCAGCUUCUCCUGCUCCUUCCUCCCCUGUAUCCAUCACCUCACUCCUCACCUCUGCUCUCCAGAAGACCAUGCAGUGGAUGGACGCAGGAUCAACAUAUGUAAGCACCUUGACUUCAACUCAAACUACAGGUGGACAGGAUGUUUCAACCAACACCUGGGCCUCCUUAGGCCUCCACUCAAAUCCAACAUCUUCAGACACAGCAGAGUCCACUGUGGAACAUUCCAGUUCUAUUCCCCAAAUUCAGUUUACUCUCUCUGCUACCUCAGAACCUCCGGAGAUCACAGCUGAGGAGAGAAUGCUCUCCACCACUGGGGUCAGCACAGUUUCCACACAAAUGCCAACAUCCUCUCAGACAAGAGAGAUGGCCACCCAGACAGCUUCCUCCUGGACCACAGCACUGACCCACACCAGCACUCCUGAGGAGCCCAGCUCAAACAUGGACACCACUGCUGGCCUCUCUGAUGCCACCACCAGCUCCUCCCCUGAGCAAUCCAACUCACCUUCUCCUGCUCCUUCCUCCCCUGAGACCAUCACCCCACUCCUCACCUCCACUCUCCAUGACACCACACAGGGGAUGCACACAGGACCAACACCUGUGAGCACCUUGACUAAAAGGCAGAUGACAAAUGGACAGAACAUUUCAUCUGCUUCCUGGAUCUCCUCAGGCCUCCACAAAAGUCCAGCAUCUUCAGACUCAACAGUGUCCACCCUAGAACACUCCAGUUCUGUCCCCAAAAUCCACUUUACUCCCUCGGCCUCCUCAGAACUUCCUGUGACCACAACUGAGGAGAGAACACCCUCCACCCCUGGAGUCAUCACAGUUUCCACACAAAUACCAACAUCCACUAAGACAAGAGAGAUGGCCACCCAGACAGCUUCCUCCUGGACCACAGCACUGACCCAAACCAGCACUCCUGAGGAGCCCAGCUCAAACAUGGACACCAUUGCUGGCCUCUCUGAUGCCACCACCAGCUCCUCCCCUGCGCAAUCCAGUACAGGAUUCUUCUCUGCUCCAACACUCCCUCCCAGCAUCCCUCCAUCCACAGUCAUGGCUCACAGAACCACUGAAUGGGUAAAGAGUGUGAUAUCUUCCUCCUCCUACAUGCCAGCAUUGGCAGAAACCACCACCACUAUCUCCACACAGUUUCCUGCAUCUGCAUCUCACAGCACGCAUGCCUGGGACACGGCAGCCAUGGCCUCAGCCACCAGCAUCCUCCCCACUGCAUCCCAGACCCUGCCCCACUCACACAGCACCCUGCAAUCAAGCUCAUCCCCUGAAGUCCUGUCCUCCACACCAACUCCAGCUGUGUCACAUCUGAGCUCCACACUUGUUGGCCCCACAGACUCACCUUCUCCUGCUCCUUCCUCCCCUGGGACCAUCACCCCACUCCUCACCUCCACUCUCCAUGACACCACACAGGGGAUGCACACAGGACCAACACCUGUGAGCACCUUGACUAAAAGGCAGAUGACAAAUGGACAGAACAUUUCAUCUGCUUCCUGGAUCUCCUCAGGCCUCCACAAAAGUCCAGCAUCUUCAGACACAACAGUGUCCACCCUAGAAGACUCCAGUUCUGUCCCCAAAAUCCACUUUACUCCCUUGGCCUCCUCAGAACUUCCUGUGACCACAACUGAGGAGAGAAUGCCCUCAACCCCUGGGGUCAUCACAGUUUCCACACAAAUACCAACAUCCUCUCAGACAAGAGAGAUGGCCACCCAGACAGCUUCUUCUGGGACCGCAACACUGACCCAUAUCAGCACUCCUGAGGAACCCAGCUCAGCCCUGGUCACCACUGGUGGCCUCUCUGAUGCCACCACCAGCUCCUCCCUUGAGCUCUCCAGUGCAGACUUCUCCUCUGCUCCAAUGCUCCCUCCCAGCCUCACUCUAUCUACAGUCACAACUCACAGAACCACUGGAUUGGAGAUCACCAGCAUAUCCUCCUCUCCAUACAAGACAGCUUCUGCAGAAAUCACCACCACUGUCCACACUCGGAUUCCUGCAUCUGCAUCCCACAGCACAGGUACCUGGGAUUCCUCAGCCCUGGCCCCAGCCACCAGCAUCCUCCCCACUGCAUCCCAGACCCUGCCCCACUCACACAGCACCCUGCAAUCAAGCUCAUCCCCUGAAGUCCUGUCCUCCACACAAACUCCAGCUGGGCCACAUCUGACCUCCACAGAGCUCCUGACACCUGCCAGCCCCACAGCCUCAACUUCUCCUGCUCCUUCUUCCCCUGAAUCCAUGAAUCCACUCCUCACCUCCACUCUCUAUGACAACAGGAAGGAUAUGGAGACAGGGUCAACACCAACAAGAGAGAUGGCCACCCAGACAGCUUCCUCCUGGACCACAGCACUGACCCACACCAGCACUCCUGAGGAGCCCAGCUCACAUAUGGACACCACUGCUGGCCUCUCUGAUGCCACCACCAGCUCCUCCCCUGAACAAUCCAGUACAGGCUUCUCCUCUGCUCCAACACUCCCUCCCAGCAUCCCUCCAUCCACAGUCAUGACUCGCAGAACCACUGAAUGGGAAAUCACCACCACUAUCCCCACAGAGCUUUCUGAAUCUGCAUCUCACAGCACGCAUGUCUGGGACACGUCAGCAAUGGCCUCAGCCACCAGCAUCAUCCCCACUGCAUCCCAGACCCUGGCACACUCACUCAACACCCUGCAAUCCAGCUCAUCCCUUGAAGUCCUGUCCUCCACACAAACUCCAGCUGGGCCACAUCUGAGCUCCACAGGACAGGAUAUCUCAGCUACCUCCUGGGUCUCCUCAGGCCUCCACACAAGUCCAACAUAUUCAGACACAGCAGUGUCCACUCUGGAAGACUCCAGUUCUGUCCACAAAAUCCAUUUUACCACCGCAGCAUCCUCAGAACUUCCUGUGACCACAGCUGAGAAGAGAAUGCCCUCCACCCCUGGGGUCAGCACAGUUUCCACACAAAUACCAACAUCCUCUCAGACAAGAGUGAUGGCCACCCAGACAGCUUCCUCCUGGACCACAGAACUGAUCCACAUCAGCACUCCUGAGGAGCCCAGCUCACACAUGGACACCACUGCUGGCCUCUCUGAUGCUGCCACCAGCUCCUCUCCUGAGCUCUCUACUGCAGGUUCUGUCUCCUCUGCUCUAACGCUCCCUCCCAGCCUCACUCUAUCCACAGUCUCGGCUCACAGAACCACUGGAGUGGAGAUUGCCAGCUUGUCCUCCACCCCUUACAAGACAGCUUCUGCAGAAAUCACCACCACUAUCUAUACUCAGAUUCCUGAAUCUGCAUCCCACAGUGCGCAUGCCUGGGACAUGUCAGCCAAGGCUCCAGCCACCAGCAUCCUCCCCACUACAUCCCAUACCCUGCCCCAUUCACACAGCACCCUGCAAUCAAGCUCAUCCCCUGCAGUCCUGUCCUCCACACAAACUGCACCUGUGCCACAUCUGAGCUCCACAAUAACUCUCACAACUUCUGGCCCCACAGCCUCAACUUCUCCUGCUCCUUCCUCCCCUGCGUACAUCACCCAACUCCUCACCUCCACUCUCCAUGACACCACCCAGGGGAUGGACACAGGAUCAACACCUGUGAGCACCUGGACUGCAAGUCACACUAGGAAUGGACAGCACAUUUCAGACACCUCCUGGGUCUCCUCAGGUCUCCGCACAAGUCCAACAUCUUCAGACACAGCCGUCACCACUGUGGAAUACUCCAGUUCUGUCCCCCAAACCUACUUUACCACCUCAGCCUCCUCAGAACUUCCUGUGACCACAGCAGAAGAGAGAAUGCCCUCCACCACUGGGGUCAUCACAGUUUCCACACAAAUACCAACAUCCACUAAGACAAGAGAGAUGGCCACCCAGACAGCUUCCUCCUGGACCACAGCACUCACCCACAGCAGCACUCCUGAGGAGCCCAGCUCAAACAUGGACACCACUGCUGGCAUCUAUGAUGCCUCCACCAUCCUCUUCCCUGAGCAAUCUAGUGCAGGCUUCUUCUCCUCUGCUCCAACACUCCCUCCCAGCAUCCCUCCAUCCACAGUCAUGGCUCACAGAACCACUGAAUGGGAAAAGAGUGUGAUCUCUUCCUCCUCCUACAUGCCAGCAUUGGCAGAAAUCACCACCACUAUCUCCACACAGCUUCUUGCAUCUGCAUCUCACAGCACGCAUGCCUGGGACACGUCAGCCUUGGCCUCAGCCACCAGCAUCCUCCCCACUGCAUCCCAGACCCUGCCCCACUCACACAGCACCCUGCAAUCAAGCUCAUCCCCUGAAGUCCUGUCCUCCACACAAACUCCAGCUGGGCCACAUCUGAGCUCCACAUGGACCCUCACACCUGCAGGCCCCACAGCCUCACCUUCUCCUGCUUCUGCCUCCCCUUCAUCCUUCACCCCAUUCAUCUCCACUCUCCAGGACACCACGCGGGGGAUGGACACAGAAUCAACACCCUUUACUCCACAGUCUGUCUCUGUACAGGAAACCAGCUCUCUCUCUUCUCUGCCUUUCCUGUCUUCUUCCUCCUCUUUUUCUGUCACUUCAUCCCAGAAUCUCUCUCCCCUUUCUUCUUCUGCCAGCUCCCUGCUUACCUCUGGGCUGUCGAAAACCACACACAUUUCCAACAGAAGCCCCACAUGGGCAGCCAGUUCACCCCCAAGUCUCACCACUUCAGCCCUUGAAACCCCGGCUCCUUCGGACGUCACUACAGGCACAGAAAAACCCCAGUCUUCCUCACACCCAGCCGUUUCCAAGGUGCCAACCCGCCAUUCGGAAGGGGCACUGAGUUCUAGGCUCCCCAUCUCCUGGGAGUCACCCACAACUGCCUAUGCAGUAGGCUCUUCUGCCCGUGUGUGGGAGGUCUGGAAGGCCACCCCAGUGUCUGACCACGAGGCACCCACCGGAGUGACCACAGAGCCAUUCGAGGAGGCAAGCAUGUCCACAGAGCCCAGCUCGGCUCCCCGCACUCCUCUACCUCCUUCUCUUGAGUCCACGCCAGCUCUCCAGACUUCCCAGCAGGCCUCAACCUCUUCUACACCCACAUCAGCCUCGGGCUGGACUCCAGUGUCACAGUCGACCGUAAUGUCAAGGCCAAGUGUCCCCCACUUCUAUACCCCUCCCUCUGUAAUGGUGCCUUCUGGGGUGACUUCCUCCCCACCACCAUCUCAGUCCACUGUGUCUGCCUCACAGAGUGUUCAUGUUCCCAGGACAAACUUGAUGCCAUCCGAAUCCACUGGGCCUAACCCCUCCACACCUCUGUCAGAGAAUACCAUGUCAUUUGUCACCCCUGGAGUCCCCCAAGCCAGCCUAGCUUCGCCUUCUGCCAGUCCCUACUCUAGGAUGGAGUCAAGCCCGGGGCAGGCUCUUCCAUCCGCCAUUGCAGAGAACUGGCCUUCGUCAGCUUCCGUACCAGCAUCUUCCUCUGACCUCUCCACCCCUGCCUCUCCCACCAGCCCCACCCUCCAUGCCAUGACUUCCUCCCCGGCCACCACCAACAUGGCAGACACUAGUCUUGCUACAGAAGGACACCCAGUGACGCCCAAACCUGAUGAGGAUACUCUGGAGCACAAUACGAAGAUGCCCAAUAAAGCAGAACACAAGGGAACAAGGAGACCAGGCACAGACGCCCUAACUUCACCUGCUCACCCCAAAGAGCUCUCCGAGGGAGAAACAGGGAGACGGGAGACCACGCCUACAACACCAGAGGCCACGCCCACAGCACCAGAAACCACACCUGUGACGCCAGAGAUCACGCCCACACCGACAGAGACCACGCCUGCAGCACCUGGGGCCAGGCCCACAAUGCCAAAGACUGUGCCCAUGACACCUGAGGCCACGCCCACAGCACCAGAGGCCACACCCACACCACCAGAUAGCUCUUCCAGGACUCCAGAGACCACACCCACAAUGCUGGAGGCCACGCCCACAACGCCGAAGUCCGUGCCCACGAUGCCAGAGAUCACACCCACAACGCCAGAGACCAUGCCUGCAAUGCCUCAUACCACACCCAUGACGCUGGAGACCACACCUACAAUGCCAGAGAUCACACCCAUGAUGCCAGAGACCACACCCGCAAUGCUGAAGACCACACCCACGAUGUCAGAGAUCACGCCCAUGGUGCCAGAGACCAUACCCACGAUGCCAGAGACCACGCCUACAGCACCAAAGACCACACCCAUGAUGCCAGAGACCACUCCCACAACACCAGAGACCAUGCCCACGACGCCAGAGACCAUGUCUGCAUUGUCAGAUACCACCCCUAUGAUGCUGGAGGCCAUGCCCACAAAGCCUGGGUUCACGCCCACAACACCAGAAGCCACGCCCAUGAUGCCAGAGACCAUGCCUACAGCACCAAAGACCACACCCAUGAUGUCAGAGACCACGCCUACAGCACCAAAGACCACACCCAUGAUGCCAGAGACCACUCCCACAACACCAGAGACCAUGCCCACGACGCCAGAGACCAUGUCUGCAUUGUCGGAUACCACGCCUAUGAUCCCGGAGGCCACGCCCACAAAGCCUGGGGUCACGCCCACAACACCAGAGACCACGCCCAUGAUGCCAGAGACCACACCCAUGAUGCCAGAGACCACGCCCACAACACCAGAGACCAUGCCCACGACGCCAGAGACCAUGUCUGCAUUGUCGGAUACCACGCCUAUGAUGCCAGAGACCACACCCACAAAGCCUGGGGUCAUGCCCACAACACCAGAGACCAUGCCCAUGAUGCCAAAGACCACACCCAUGAUGCUGGAGACCACCAGCGUCAUAGACGAAUCAACUCUCAGAGUGUCUGCACCACCUGUCCUCAGGACACCAGGACAGAUGGCCAGCACAAGCACAGCCUCCACCACCACCCCUGCCAUCUCAGAGGUCACAGACUUAUCGAUCCUCAGGUCCACGACAGAGAGCAGGCCGGCCGGUCCAGCUCCCUCCAUCUUCCCAGAUGUGCCAGAGCUGGAGACGUCACAGCCUAUCAACACUUGGGCAGACACAAAUAUGCCAAAUGACUCUCCAAAUACAGCAGGAGUCACAGAUUCCCCAGUCACCCAUUCUGGGCCACAGACAAGUAAUUCAGCUGCCACUCCGACUGUCUCCUCUGCUGGGCCAAGAUGGGCGACUUCAGUGGGUAUGGGAGCAGAGACAACCCACCCCGAUAUUCCAACUGUGAUGAUUUCCUCUGCCGAGUCAGGCACAAUGGUCACCCACCCAACGGACACCCAAACACCCGUUUCCAGAACUAUCUCCACUCUUACCCACGGUGUAUGGGACACUACCACACUCUUCAUGGACACCAGAACAGAGGCGAAAGCCAGUUCAGCCAUUCCAACAUCAGUCGCCAUCUCACCUGAUACACCAGAACUGGUCACAUCAGCGCUCACCGGUUUUGAGGCAGACACCAGGACGACGAGCUCAACACCAACCCCUUCUGCAAGGGAGUCCGAGAGCCCAGCCUCAGGAGCCACUGCCCCUGGAACACAGGUGGCAGCAACGAGUUCAAACCCAACCGUCUCACCCGGUGUAGCAGGGCUGGUGACAUCACAGGUCACUCAUCCUGAGCUGGAGAUGGCUACUACCACUGCCCUAACUCUCACUGUCCUCCCAGGAGCCUCAGAAAUGGUGACUGCACUGACCACUCAUUCUGAAACACAUACCCGUCAGUCUCCAACUUGGAUUGUUUCCUCGGGUCCACUGGAGACCACAACCUCACAGGUCACAAGCCAUCCUGGGUCACAGGCCAGUUCUGCUAUUCCAGUAAUCACUAGGGAGUCGUACUCAACAGCUUCAUUUAUCACCCAACCUUCAGAGGCCAGUCCAGCUGUGGCCACCACAAGCCCAAGUCUCCCCCACAGGGAAUCAGACGCCUCACCUUCAACAGUCACAAGCAUUUCAGAGGAAGCCAGUUCUGUUCCAGUGACAAGAAUCUCACCAGGUGAACCAGACACAGGGACCUCACUGGAAGCAAUCAGUACAGGUAACCCAACCACCACUGCCUCAUCCAUUACCCCCACUGGGGGACAAGCAAGCACAGCCAUUCCAACUCUGACUGUCUUUCCUGAGGUGUCAGCAACAGCGACUUUAGCCAUCACCAGUUCUAAGGAGGUCACCAGUCCACCAAUGCCAACUCUGGCUGUUUCUCCUUCUGAAUCCAAUGCCACAGCCUCACUGAUCACCAGUGUUGGUGCCCAAACGAAUUCAGCCAUUCCAACCCUGACUGUCCCCCCCAAAGUAUCAGAGAUGGCAACCACACUGGUCACCAGUUCUGGAACAGAGGCCAGUUCAUUUCCAACUGGGACUUUUCCCUCAGGUCCAUCAGAGACCACAGAAUCAAGAUGGGUCACCCAUCUGGGACCAGAAGCCAGUUCAGCUGUUCCCACGGUGACGGUGCCCUCCACCAUGCAAAAUACAACCACCUCCUUAGUCACCCGUUCCACCGAGACCAGUUCAGCUGCUCUUGGAAUGAGUUCAAGUCUUUCCCACAGUGAAUCAGACACCCCCACAACCAAACCACCUCUGACACCUUUUCCUGUGGAGUCAGAAACUACAACUUUGUUGGUUACCCAGACAAUUUCAGUCAUUCCAACUCUGACUGUCUCUCCCAGUGUGACUGAAAAGAUUACUUCAGUGGUUUCUGGUCCUGGGGCAAAGAUGAGUACAGUCACUCUGAUGCCGACUGUUUCUCCACCUCAAUCAGAAACCACAGCCAUGUGGGUUGUCACCCAUCCUGAGAGUCAAGCCAGUUCAUCUGCUCCAUCACAGUCCAUUCCCCCAGAAAGAACAAACACCUGGACCACUCAUCUGACAGAGACCAGCCCAAUUAUUUCUAGAACCACUCCAUAUUUUUCCCACAGUGGAUCAGAUACCCCACCCUCAAUGACCACCAGUCCUGGGAUGGACACCAGUUCAGAUGUCUCCCCUAAGGCACCAGGGGUGGUGACACUGUUGAUCACCAGUUCCAGGGCUGUGACCAGCCUAAGUACUUCAAGUUUGACCCUUCCUUCUGCUGUAACAGAGACCACAGCUUCAUCAGUCACUCCCACUGAGGCACAGACAGGGUGGAUCAGAUACCAUACCCACAAUGGCUACCAGUUCUGGAACAGAAACAAGUUCAGCCACUCUGACAACUAUCUCACUGGGUCAACAACCUCACUGAUCACUCAUCCUUCAGAGACCAGUUCAAUAGUCACCCCUACAGCUCCCCAUUUUUCUCACAGUAGUUUACUUACUACCACUUCAGUGGCCACCAGCUCUGGGACAGAAGCCACUUCAGGUACCCCAACAAUGAGCAGUUCAUCCGAAGAACCAGAUAGGCUGACCUCCCAGGUACUGACAACUUCUGGGCAAUCAACCAGUAUGCCAGCUCCAACCAUGACUCUUUCUACCAGCCAAUCAGAAACCACCAAUUUAUCAACUGCCAGCCCCAGGGCCGUAUCCACCAGCUCAAAAUUUCCGUCUUUAUCCAUGUUCCCUCAUACGUCAGAGACCACAGCCUCUCUGCCCAUCACACCUUGGGCGAAGGUCAGUACAGCAAUUCCAACUCAGACCGUGCCCCCUGGUGGACCAGAGACAGCUACUUCUGUCCUCACAACUGAGACCAGCAGAAUUGAUCGAGGCUCAACUGUCUCCCCUCAUGUUCCUACACCAACAACCUCACUGUCUACCCAUCCUGGAUCAGAAGUUAGCACAGGUCUCCCAUCUGUCACCAUGUCCCCUGGUUUAUCCCAGACCACAGGCUUGUGGGUCACUAGUCCUUUGGCAGAAACCAGCUCAGAAGUUCUGACUAUGGCUUUUUCCCUCCAUGUCCCUUCAAUAACCAGUGAAUCGAACACUGUAACUUCCUGGACUCCGGAAACUUCACCUGUAACUACAGUUAGAACCCCAGAUUUCUCCAAAAUGACCACAGGUCCCAUGAUGAUCCAUACACUAUCAGAGACCUCCACCCUGCCUGCAACCAGUCAUGAAGAAGGAUCGAGUCCAAGCACCAUACAGAAAACCACCACCAGUGAGACUACUAACUCAGCGACCACAGGUUCAAGACCCACAGUGGCUCGAACCACAAGUACCCCCAUCGGUCCCCUGUCUGGAAGUCCCUUCGUCCCUCUAACCACAACUGCAAUGACAAUCUUGACUUCUGAGAUGGUGACUUCAAGAACAAGUAAGAAUAAUUAUCUUUUGACGGUGGUCCCUGACCUGGUGCCAUUCACCCUCAACUUCACCAUCACCAACCUGGGGUUUGAGAAGAACAUGGAACAUCCGGGCUCCUGGAAGUUCAACACCACAGAGAGAGUUCUGCAGUACCUGCUCAAACCCUUGUUGAAGAACAGCAGUCUGGGAUCACUCUAUUCAGGCUGCAGACUAGUCUCGCUCAGGCCUGAGAAGAAUGGGGCAGCCACCAGAGUCAACGCCAUCUGCACACAUCAUCCUGGCCCUGCUGGCUUCAGAUUGGACAGAAAAAAGCUGUACUGGGAGCUGAGCCAGCUGACCUAUGGCAUCACCCAGCUGGGACCCUACACUCUGGACACAGACAGCCUCUACGUCAAUGGUUUUACCCAUCAAAGCUCAGCACUCACCACCAGCCCUCCCGGAACCUCCACAGCGCCCCCUGGGACCUCCGGAACGCCAUCCUCCUUCCCCAGCCUCUCCACCACGGCGCCCGGUCUGUUUCCUUUUACUCUCAACUUCACUAUUGUGAACCUGCAGUACACACCAGAUAUGAAGCACCCAGGGUCUGCCAAGUUCAACACCACCGAAGUCAUCCUGCAACGCAUGCUUGGUCCUGUGUUCGCAAACACCAACAUCGGCCCCCAGUUUUCUGGCUGCCAGCUGACGUCACUCAGGCCAGAGAAGGAUGGAUCAGCUACUACAGUAAAUAUGAUCUGCACCCUUCGCUCUAAGCCAGCCAGCACUGGGCUGGACCGAGAGCGACUGUACUGGGAGCUGAGCCACGAGACCAAAGGCAUAUCCCGGCUGGACACCUACACCUUGGACAGGAACAGCCUUUAUGUCAACGGUUACAACCAUCGUCAUCGGGUCCUGACCUCCACCCCCAGCACUGCUAUAGCCUCAACCCUCAUGCCAACAACAUCAGCCACUACUGCUCUGGGCCCCACAGCAACAGGCCCCAACCUAGUGCCCUUCACCCUCAACUUCACCAUCACUAAUCUGGAAUAUGAGCAGGACAUGGGUCACCCCGGAACGGGGAAGUUCAAUGUCACAGAGGGAAUCCUGCAGAGACUGCUCAGACCCUUGUUCGAGAAAACCAGUGUUGGUCCCUUGUAUUCUGAAUGCAGACUGGAUCUGCUCAGGUCUGAGAAAGAAGGAGCUGCCACAGGAGUGGAUGCCAUCUGCACCUACCACCCCUACCCCAUGGGCCCUGGGCUGGACAGAGAGCGGCUGUACAAGGAGCUCAGCCAGCUGACCCUCGGCAUCUCCCAGCUGGGGCCCUACAGCCUGGACCAGGACAGUCUCUAUGUCAAUGGUUUCACCCUCCACAGCCUGCCCUCCACCCCCAGGAGUGAAUUCCCCAGAGUACAAACAAGCUCAAGGUGUCUUUCUCCCAACCCCACUGCAGCAGCAGGUCCCAUACUGGUGCCAUUCACCCUCAACUUCACCAUCACCAACCUGAAGUAUGAAGAGAACAUGGGUCACCCUGGAUCGGGGAAGUUCAAUGUCACACAGAGAAUCCUGCAGAGACUGCUCAGACCCUUGUUCAAGAAAACCAGUAUUGGCCCCCUCUACUCUGACUGCAGACUGGACCAGCUCAGGUCUGAGAAGGAAGGAGCUGCCACAGGAGUGGAUGCCAUCUGCACCCACCUCCCAGACACCAUGGGCCCUGGGCUGGACAGAAAGCAGCUAUACAGGGAGCUCAGCCAGCUGACCUUUGGCAUCUCCCAGCUGGGGCCCUACAGCCUGGACCAGGACAGUUUCUAUGUCAAUGGUUACACCCUCCACACCCUGCCCUCCACCCCCAGGAUAGCAGGUCCCAUCCUGGUGCCAUUCACCCUCAACUUCACCAUCACCAACCUGGAGUAUGAGAAGGACAUGGGUCACCCUGGAUCCUGGAAGUUCAAUGUCACAGAGAGAAUCCUGCAGAGACUGCUCAGACCCUUGUUCAAGAAAACCAGUGUUGGCCCCCUGUACUCUGAUUGCAGACUGGACCAGCUCAGGUCUGAGAAGGAAGGAGCUGCCACAGGAGUGGAUGCCAUCUGCACCCACCGCCCUUACCCCAAAGGUCCUGGGCUGGACAGAGAGUGGCUGUACAGGGAGCUCAGCCAGCUGACCCUUGGAAUCUCCCAGCUAGGGUCCUACAGCCUGGACAAGGACAGUCUCUAUGUCAAUGGUUACACCCUCCACAGCCUGCCCUCCACCCCCAGGAAAGAGAAGCCAUGCUCAGGUGUUCAGAGCACGAACAAGCUCAUGGUGUCUUCUCCCAACCCCACUGCAGCAGCAGCUCCCAUGCUGGUGCCAUUCACCCUCAACUUCACCAUCACCAACCUGAAAUAUGAAGAGAACAUGGGUCACCCUGGAUCGGGGAAGUUCAAUGUCACACAGAGAAUCCUGCAGAGACUGCUCAGACCCUUGUUCAAGAAAACCAGUGUUGGUCCCCUCUACUCUGACUGCAGACUGGACCAGCUCAGGUCUGAGAAGGAAGGAACUGCCACAGGAGUGGAUGCCAUCUGCACCUACCGUCCCAAACCCACAGGGCCUGGGUUGGACAGAGAGCAGCUGUACAGGGAACUCAGCCAGCUGACCCUUGGCAUCACCCAGCUGGGGCCCUACAGCCUUGACCAGGACAGUCUCUAUGUCAAUGGUUACACCCUCCACAGCCUGCCCUCCACCCCCAGCAAAUCCCCACCACAGAUCUUGAACAACAUAGAAGAGAAGCCAUGCUCAGGGGCUCAGAACAAGAACAAGCUCAUGGUGUCUUCUCUCAACCCCACUGCAGCAGCAGCUCCCAUGGUGGUGCCAUUCACCCUCAACUUCACCAUCACCAACCUGAAGUAUGAAGAGAACAUGGGUCACCCUGGAUCCGGGAAGUUCAAUGUCACAGAGAGAAUCCUGCAGAGACUGGUGAGAGCCCCGUCUACUGUGCACUGCACUGUCCACACAGCCAUGACUACUCCAGCGAUGCCAAACCCUUUACACUCAGACCCUUGUUCAAGAAAACCAGUGUUGGGCCCCUCUACUCUGAUUGCAGACUGGACCAGCUCAGCAGCAGCUCCCAUGGUGGUGCCAUUCACCCUCAACUUCACUAUCACCAACCUGAAGUAUGAAGAGAACAUGGGUCACCCUGGAUCCGGGAAGUUCAAUGUCACAGAGAGAAUCCUGCAGAGACUGCUCAGACCUUUGUUCAAGAAAACCAGUGUUGGGCCCCUCUACUCUGACUGCAGACUGGACCACCUCAGGUCUAAACAGGAUGGAACUGCCACAGGAGUAGACGCCAUCUGCACCCUACGCCCUGACCCCACAGGCCCUGGGCUGGACAGAGAGCAGUUGUACAAGGAGCUCAGCCAGCUGACCCUUGGCAUCUCCCAGCUGGGGCACUAUAGCCUGGACCAGGACAGUCUCUAUGUCAAUGGUUUCACCCUCCACAGCCUGCCCUCCACCUCCAGCAUGACCAUCAUGUCUUCUGCAAUGCCAGGGCCAUCCUUCAGCCCCACAGCAGCCGGUCCCAUGCUGGUGCCAUUCACCCUCAAUUUCACCAUCACCAACCUGGGGUAUAAGGAGGAAAUGGGUCACCCUGGAUCCCAGAAGUUCAAUGUCACAGAGAGAAUCCUGCAGAGACUGCUCAGACCCUUGUUCAAGAAAACCAGUGUUGGCCCCCUGUAUUUUGACUGCAGACUGGACCUGCUCAGACCUGAGAAGAAAGGCACCGCCACAGCAGUGGACGCCAUCUGCAGCCACAGUCCUGACACCACAGGCCCUGGGCUGGAGAGAGAGCGGCUGUACAGGGAGCUCAGCCAGCUGACCACCAGAGUCACCCAGCUGGGCUCCUUUACCCUAGACCCUGACAGUCUCUAUGUCAAUGGCUACACCCACCAGGCAGCAGUGACCACGCCCAGCAGUAAGCCCUGCCUGUCCCCUGUGUCCAUCACAGGCCUGACUCAGUGUGGCUUCUCCUUCUUCUCCUCUGCUGCAGCCACAGGCCCAGUCCUGCUGUCGUUCACCCUCAACUUCACCAUCACCAACCUGCGUUACAAGGAAGACAUGCAGGAACCAGGGUCCGGGAAAUUCAACACCACAGAGAGGGUUCUGCAAGGCCUGCUUGGGCGCUUGUUCCACAACACCAGUGUUGGACCCCUCUUCUCUGGCUGCAGACUGGACCUGCUCAGGUCUGAGAAGAAAGGAGCUGCCACAAGAGUGGAUGCCAUCUGCUCCCAUCACCCAAACCCCACGGGCCCUGGGCUGGACAGAGAGCGCCUGUACAGGGAGCUCAGCCAAAUGACCCUUGGCAUCACCCAGCUGGGCCCCUACAGCCUUGACCAGGACAGUCUCUAUGUCAAUGGUUACACCCUCCACAGCCUGCCCUCCACCCCCAGGACUUCUAUGGUGGUCACGGUGUCUCCAGCCAGGUCGACCUCGGCUUCCCAUCCCACAGCAGUAAGCCCUGCCCUGGUGCCAUUCACCCUCAACUUCACCAUCACAAACCUGCAGUAUAAGGAGGACCUGGGCCAGCCUGGAUCUGCAAAGUUCAACACCACAGAGAGAAUCCUCCAGAGACUGCUCAGAUCCAUGUUCAAGAAAACCACUAUUGGCCCCCUCUACUCUGACUGCAGACUGGACCUGCUCAGGCCCAAGAAUGAAGGAACCGCCACAGGAGUGGAUGCCAUCUGCACCCAGCACUCCGACCCUACGGGCCUAAGACUGGACAGAGAGCGGCUGUACAGGGAGCUCAGCCAGCUGACCCUUGGUGUCACCCAGCUGGGGACCUACAGCCUGGACCAGAACAGUCUCUAUGUCAAUGGUGAGCAAUGUCUUUUGAGCAUCCCUGCACUGUACACCACACAUCCCCCCACAACCAAGGCUGCCUUUCUUCCCUCUACACCUUCCAAGUCCUCCUCACCCUCUCCUGCAGCCACAGGCCCAGUCCUGCUGUCGUUCACCCUCAACUUCACCAUCACCAACCUGCGUUACCAGGAAGACAUGCAGGAACCAGGGUCCGGGAAGUUCAACACCACAGAGAGGGUUCUGCAAGGCCUGCUUGGGCCCUUGUUCCACAACACCAGUGUUGGACCCCUCUUCUCUGGCUGCAGACUGAACCUGCUCAGGUCUGAGAAGGAAGGAGCUGCCACAGGAGUGGAUGCCAUCUGCUCCCAUCACCCAAACCCCACGGGCCCUGGGCUGGACAGAGAGCGCCUGUACAGGGAGCUCAGCCAAAUGACCCUCGGCAUCACCCAGCUGGGCCCCUACAGCCUUGACCAGGACAGUCUCUAUGUCAAUGGUGAGCAGAGGCCCAGUGUGCUUGGCUGUGUCAGGGUCCUCGGUCUCCCAUUUGUGCCUCCUGUUCCUUCAUUCCCACCUCCCCACCCUCUCUUCUCUCUCCCUGCAGUAAGCCCUGCCCUGGUGCCAUUCACCCUCAACUUCACCAUCACCAACCUGCAGUAUAAGGAGGACCUGGGCCAGCCUGGAUCUGCAAAGUUCAACACCACAGAGAGAAUCCUCCAGAGACUGCUUGGGCCCUUGUUCCACAACACCAGUGUUGGACCCCUCUUCUCUGGCUGCAGACUGGACCUGCUCAGGUCUGAGAAGGAAGGAUCUGCCACAGGAGUGGAUGCCAUCUGCACCCACCGCCCCAACCCCACAGGACCUGGGCUGGACAGAGAGCAGCUAUACAGGGAGUUCAGCCAGCUGACGCUUGGCAUCACCCAGCUGGGGCCCUACAGCCUGGACCAGGACAGUCUCUAUGUCAAUGGUUUCAGCCUUGGAGCUGCAGUCCCAACUACCACCACUGGCGAGAUCAGUGAGGAGCUGUUCACUGUGAACUUCACCAUCGCCAACCUGCGCUACUCAGCUGACAUGGGCCACCCUGACUCUGUCAAGUUCAACAUCACAGAUGCCCUCAUGGUGCACCUGCUCAGCCCAUUGUUCCAGAAGAGUAGCCUGGGUCCCCGAUAUACUGGGUGCAGGGUCACCACCCUAAGGUCUGUGAAUAAUGGUGCCCAGACACAAGUAGACAUGGUUUGUGCCUACCGGAAGGCCCCGGGCAGCCUGGAACUGCCUGCCAAGCUGGUGUUCCAAGAACUGAGCUGGCACACACGUGGGAUCACCCGGCUGGGCCCCUACCUGCUAGACAAAGACAGUCUGUACCUCAAUGGUUAUAAUGAACCGGGUCCGGACAAGCCUCCUACAACGCUUGAGCCAGCCACCACAAUCCUGCCUUCUCCAGCCACGUCUGUGCAGCCAGAAUCUACCACAGCCACGAGUUCCUCCCUGACAACAUUCACCCUCAACUUCACCAUCACCAACCUUCCAUUCUCAGAAGACUUGAGCACCGGCUCCACCAUGUUCAACGCCACAGAGAGGAUCCUGCAGCGUCUGCUCGAAUCUUUGUUCUGGAACAGCAGCCUGGGCCCUGUCUACUCCCACUGCAGACUGAACGCCCUCAGGCCUGAAAAAGAUGGAGCCGCUACCAGCGUGAAUGCUAUCUGUGCCUACCACCAUGACCCUGUGGGUCCCGGGCUGAAUAUCCAACAGCUGUACCAGGAACUAAGCCAAAUGACACACAAUGCCACCCAGCUGGGCAGCUACACCUUGGAUCAGCACAGCCUGCAUGUCAAUGGUUACACUCAACAGGUCACAAUAAUCGCCUCUGUUGAAAUGCCAACCGGCAGUCCCAGCUCUGAGAACUUCCACCUGAACUUCACCAUCACCAACCUGCCCUAUUCUCAGGACAUCGCCCAGCCAGGCACUGCCCUGCACCGGCACAGCAAAAGAAGCAUCGAACACGCGCUCAAUGCGGUCUUCAGAAACAGCAGCAUCAAAAGCUACUUUUCUGACUGUCAAGUCUUGGCAUUCAGGCCUGUCUCCCACAGCAACCACACAGGCGUGGACUCCCUGUGUGGCUUCUCCCCAUUGGCCCGGAAGGUGUACAGAGUGGCCAUCUAUGAGGAAUUCCUGCGGAUGACACAGAACGGAACCCAGCUCCAGAACUUCACCCUGGACAGGAACAGCAUCCUGGUGGAUGGAUAUUCUGCCAUCAGAAAUGAUUUGGUGACUAAACAAGCAGGCCUUCCAUUCUGGGCCAUCAUUCUCAUCUGUUUGGCGGGACUCCUGGGUCUCAUUUCCUGCCUGAUCUGCUGUUUCCUGGUGACCAUCUGCCGGCGGAAGAGGGAAGGAGAUUACCAAGUCCAGCGUCACCGCCUGGGCUAUUACCUGCCACACCUGGAUCUCAGAAAGCUUCAGUGA